CUCUCGUGAAUGUGUCCGUCUUGACCCGGGUGCCGUGGCCCGUUGUGUCCGCUCAGUGUCGGAGAACAGGAGCAUCGCCCGGCAGCGGCAGCCUCUCUGGCCCGGAUACACAUAUUUAUUUUUUUCAUUUUCCUGGAUUCAAACAACGCGGAAAAAUGCCUGCCAGUCAAAACGUCCAAGGAGGGAAAACCUUCGGAGUGCUGAAGGAGCAGCAGAGGCAGAAGCUGGAGGAAAUCAACAAGGAAUACAUGGAAGACCAGAAAUACAGGGAUGAAGAAGACCUGGCUGAAAAAUUGGAAGGUCUCAAAAAUAAAUAUGCUGAGUUUGACCUGAACGACCAAGGAGACAUUGAGCUGAUGGGUCUGAAGCGGAUGAUGGAGAAGCUGGGGGUGCCCAAGACCCACCUGGAGUUGAAAAAGAUGAUCGUGGAAGUGACGGGCGGCAGCAGCAACACCAUCAACUACAGGGACUUUGUCAAGAUGAUGCUGGGCAAGCGUUCAGCUGUGCUCAAACUAGUCCUGGUUUUUGAAGACAAAGCCAACGGCGCCGCCUGCAAGCCAGAUGGACCCCCUCCGAAGCGGGACAUCUCUAGCCUGCCUUAAGUGUAGCUGUCAGUCUUGGGACUGCUUGUGGAGCAGAGGGACCAUCGGCGGUUGCCUGGAAUUGAACCGUUGUCAUAACAUGUGGAGUGUUGUGUUAGUGUGGGACCAGUGAUUGAAGAGGUUAUUUUUGUGAAUAAUGUGCAAGGUGUCUGUUAUUUGGAAGACUGAGACCACAACUCACUAAACAAUGUUUGACUGUGAAUAUAAUUAUCAUCCUUUUUUCCCCCCUUAAUUACAAUGUAGCAUCUAUAGUUGUUUGUGUAAUCUGCUUGAUAAAUUAAAUUUUGUAGUAUGUGUUUCAUGGUUAUAUUUUAAGGGAAGACUAAAAAAAAAAUUUCUCCAGAUGUCAUCGUUCUUUCGCUCCCUCCUUCCUCGUUUCUUUGUUUCGUUUUCUGGAACGCACUUCAUUUCAACAAUGUGAGAGAAGGAUGCAUUUUUGGAGAAGCACAAGGAAAACCAAGCAGUUCUUCCAACCCAUUUUUUGCACUGUCCUCUGUGGUCUUGAAUGGAUUCCUGCCGGGCUAAUCAUAGUCAGCGUCUCACUUUAGAUCGGGUGCCAGAGAUUACAGGCCCAGCCCAUUUCCUCUGGGUCACAGUCACUGGCCCCUCGAGCCCAAAUACUGAUCUGGAAUCAGUUGAGAAGGUUAACGUGGCCACCUCAUGAUCUGAAAAUCAUUUUUUAAAAAGAUGCGUAUUGAAUAUUUACUUGCACUAGCUGAGAAACACAAAUUAGCGAUCAUGCUGGGACUUUCAGUUUCCGUAUGUGGCUGGAAGUCGACUCCCUUUUACAUCUGUAGGGUUAAGCACAUGUUAGAUUUGGAAGGAGUGUGAUUUACAGGCGCACACACACGAGCAGAACAAAUGUACAUAUACACUCCACACAGUACAAUCAUAUUCUUUCCAAGUGCCUCAACAUGCAGAUACUGUAGAGCUUAAACACAGAUUGAAAAAGGAGGGAGUGCACACAGGUGUUCAGUUCAAGCAGUCUUCUUAUGUCUUUGACAGUUACAACGUUAUUUGUCGGACUAUAAUGUUUAUUCUUUCCACGUCAUUUUGAGUGCGUGACAUACAUGUGGUGGAUUGUUGUGCAGUUUCUUUGCUUUCCCUUCUUUUUCUGUAAAUUUUUUUUUAUGUCACUACAUCGUUUAACCUGCUCAUUUGGUGAUUUGACUCCUAAGUUCAUCUUAUAUUUGUCUUUCAACUCAUAUACUAUCUUUCUUCAUUUGUUCCCAUCCAUUCUCUCCAUCUCUCUCUGUUCAACUGGGUUCAUUGUCCUGUGAAUUCUGUAUUUUGUGCCUCAAUGUUUUGUCUCUCCAGUCUAAAGCGUCCCCCCCCCCCCCUACACUCUAUUUACUGUGAAUUUGCUACUUGUAGUAGUUUUAACACACAUAACAUGUUUUAAAGUAUUUUUGUCAUUUUCAGUCUUGUAGGUAGAUGACUCUCGUGUUGUUAAGGUGCACAUUGUCUGCAGACACCAAAGGAAUUAAAAUUCUUGUAACACUGGCGACGUGCUUAGUUCUGCAUCGUUUGUCGCAGUAAAACCGAAGUAACUUCAUGUUUGGGUGAAAAAUGUCAGGUACUAAACACAUGUCUAUUGUGCUUAUAGCAGAUUCCACACUACAUUGAGAGGGACUAGAUGCAGUAAGGUUAUGUACUGUAGCCUCUUGUCUUGUAUAGAAGGGUGAGAUUGGCCAUCAAGCUGCAGGGUUUUUAAUAAGAUCCCCUUGCAGCACAUUUGCCUUGAUACAACCUUUUGCAUUCUUCAUUUUGCAGGUCAGCAACUAUGACACUCAUCCAGUUCUUUCAUAUAAAGAUAUAGCGUGUGUGAGAAAAUCCGGCUGUAACUCCUAUGUGGAGGUUUUCAUUCCAUAUUUGUUUUACUCUUGUCAUCAAAUUUUCAUGUUGUGUAAUGUACGUGCAGCUGUAUGCAUUCACACUCUGAAGCAAUAAAGUGGUUUUUCAUGAAAAAGUAAA